AUGGACCAGGCUCAGUACGACGCGAUCAAGGACAAUUGGGGGGAGGUUGAGGACAGAGAUGGCGUUAGACUCAGUUGGAACGUCAUUCCAUCGACGCGCAUGGAAGCAAACAGACUGGUGGUCCCCGUCAGCUGUUUACUCACGCCUCUGAAAGAACUCGGCAAACCACCACUCCCCUAUGAGCCCGUCACAUGCAAAGCGCCUUGCCGGGCGGUCCUCAAUCCCUUCGCUAACGUCGAUGUGCGGGCUAAACUAUGGAUCUGCCCCUUCUGUCUCCAACGCAACCCGCUGCCUCGUCACUAUGGAGAUAUCAGUGCCGAGAACAUCCCACCAGAGAUGCACCCCGCGAACACUACGGUCGAAUACAAGCUUGCUCGACCUGCCCCUUCCCCACCAAUUUUCGUGUACGUGGUUGAUACUGCGAUUGAGGAAGAUGGCUUGCAAGCCUUAAAAGAAACCUUGGUUAUGAGUUUGUCAUUACUCCCUGCGAAUGCGCUAGUGGGUUUGGUUACGUUCGGAACAAAUGUUGCCGUUCAUGAAAUUGGCUAUACCGAGUGCCAGAAGUCGUACGUCUUUAGGGGCAGCAAGGACUAUGCAGCAAAGCAGGUUCAAGAGAUGCUGGGAUUAGCUGCGCCUGGGAUGAGACCCAAUAUACCACCAGUACAAGGCCGGCCGCCUCCGCCGAUGGGCCCUGCUGCCCGGUUCCUCCUUCCCGUCCAGCAAGCUGAGUUCCAGAUAACCAAUGCAAUCGAGCAGCUGCAAAAGGACCCUUGGCCUGUCGCGAAUGACCGGCGACCACUUCGCUGCACCGGUGUUGCCAUGAGUAUUGCAGUCGGCUUGCUGGAGACAUCUUUCCAGAACGCAGGAGCCAGAAUUAUGCUAUUUGCUGGCGGUCCCGCCACUGAAGGACCCGGCAUGGUUGUUGCUCCAGAACUACGUGAGCCGAUUCGAUCACACCAUGAUAUCGAUCGCGACAAUGUCAAGUACUUCAAGAAGGCCAUCAAAUUCUACGACAAUCUUGCAAAACGCACUGCCCACAACGGACACAUCAUCGAUCUAUAUGUUGGUUGUCUCGACCAAGUUGGUUUGCUUGAGAUGAAGGGAUUGGCGAACUCGACUGGAGGGCAUAUGGUCUUGACAGACAGUUUCACCUCCUCGCAGUUCAAGCAGUCUUUCGUACGAGUAUUUGACAAGGAUGAGAGCGACAACCUCCAGAUGGGAUUCAAUGCAUCACUCGAGGUCGUUACAACGAAAGAGCUCAAGGUCACCGGUCUCAUUGGCCACGCCGUCUCCCAAAAUAAGAAGUCUAGCUCUGUCGGCGAGACAGAAUGUGGUAUUGGAAACACUUGUCUCUGGAAAAUGUGCGGCAUUGACCCCACAUCCAGCUACGGCAUUUACUUUGAGGUUGCAAACCAGGGUGGUCCAGCGCCCAUGCAGCAAGGCCCACAACGAGGUAUGAUGCAGUUCUUGACAUAUUACCAGCAUUCUUCCGGACAGUAUCACCUACGUGUGACCACCGUUGCUCGCAAUUUGAGCGGUCCAACCGGUGACCAAGCACUGGCGCAAUCUUUCGACCAGGAAGCUGCUGCCGUGCUCAUGGCAAGAAUUGCGGUUUUCAAAGCAGAGGUCGACGAUGGGCCUGAUGUGCUCAGAUGGGUCGAUCGGAUGCUCAUCCGGCUCUGCUCGCGCUUCGCAGACUAUCGCAAAGACGAUCCAACCUCCUUCCGACUUGACAAAAAUUUCACCCUCUACCCGCAAUUCAUGUUCCACCUGCGCAGAUCGCAAUUCCUUCAGGUGUUCAACAACUCGCCCGACGAGACGGCAUUUUAUCGACACGUGCUGAACCAUGAAUACGUGGGGGAUUCGCUAAUCAUGAUUCAACCUACCUUGGACUCUUACGGUCUUGACCACGAAGGUGGUCAACCCGUCCUGCUCGACUCCGCCUCCAUCCAACCCCAGACCAUCCUGCUUCUCGAUACUUUCUUCCAGAUUUUGAUUUUCCAUGGCGAAACGAUGGCUGAAUGGCGUAAAGCUGGCUAUCAAGACCAGGAAGGCUACGAGAAUUUCCGGGCUGUUCUCGACGCACCAAAGGAAGACGCGCGAGAACUCGUACAGGACCGAUUCCCUCUGCCGCGAUUUAUUAUUUGUGAUGCUGGAGGCUCGCAGGCCCGUUUCCUCCUAUCAAAGUUAAAUCCUUCAACUACGCAUGCGACUGGAGGUUACGGUGGUGUUUCGCAGUCCGCUCAGACGAUUUUCACUGAUGAUGUGUCAUUGCAGACAUUCAUGGAUCAUCUGAUGAAGUAA